CCACAGAAUCAAACGGUUUGCGAUUUCGUGAAGAAACGAUGGAGAUAUGUCCAAAAUACGGCAGGCUGUCCAAAUGUGACGAAAAUGACAAAGUUGGUGAAUUCCGAUGUUGUUUCCACUCCCGUUCAUCCGUAAGGUUUCGACCGAUGAUUUCCAGGCAUGUACCUUUGCGUUAGACUUGUUGAAUCAUUCAUCACAUACGUACAUGAACAUUUAUGUUAAUCCAUGUGUUGAAAUUGUUAGAGUCUAUCCCACAUCGGAAAAUUGAAUAGAAAAGCUAUCGAUUAACGAGAAGCGAUCAUAAUGGUGAACAAUAUGGAUCACGGUUUGCCCAAGUUUUCUCUUCUAGGUUAUGAUGAUUGGAAGAGCAUUAUGGAAGCACACCUCUACGCUCUACAUGAUUGCAUGUGGAUGGUGCUUGAGGAUGGACCCUUGAAAAUCCAAAUGGAGAAUCCUGAGAGGAAUCCAGCCGCUCCAGAUGUAGUCCAGUACAUUCCAAAGCCCAAAGAAAAGUGGGAUGAUAGAGAUUGCAAAAAGCACAAUUUGGACAACGUUGCCAAAGCAGCCAUCUUCAAGACACUUGAUCCCAUCACCUUCUCCAAAAUUAAGCAUCUCAAGACUGCCAUGGAGAUUUGGCAAGGUCUUGGGAAGCUAUGUGAGGGAUCAGAGGACCUGAGAAAGCAGAAGAUAGAAGUCCUGCUUGAGAAGUUCAAAAGCUUCAAAAUGCUUCCCGGAGAAUCAUUUGAUAUGUUGGAUGAAAGAUUCCACAAGAUAUUGAAUGAUCUUGCAUCACUUAACCACGUUCUUUCUCCCAAAGAAAAGAAUGUAAGGUUGCUGAGAUCACUUCCAACUGAGUGGUACACCAAAGCCACAGCCAUGGAAGAAGGAAGAAACCUGGAGAACUACAUUGUCCAAGGUCUCCUUGAUGAGCUCAGAACCUAUGAGCACGAGCUGAAGAAGAAGAAGGAAGAACAUGUCACUCCUUUCCCCACGGCAUUGACGACAACUCCAAGAGUCCCAUCAACAUGCCCGUACCCAAAGGUUGAGAAGUACAGAGAAAGAGAAAGAAACGAGAAGAAAAAGAAGGCAAUGGUUGCUGAAAGUGAUGAGUCAUCCAGCUCAAGCUCGGAUGAAGAAGCCCUCGUUUUCAUGGAGCGCAGAGUUGAAAAGUCCAACCAUGAGGAUAGGUGGACUAUGUCAGAAGAUGACACUCUCUGCCUAAUGGCCAAAGAUGAUGCUGAUCAAGAGGUAACCUCACAAACCUCCUGCUCAUCUUCUUAUGAAAGCAUACCAACUUCUGAAAAUCUUUUUGACCAGUUCAAAAAGAUGAUGGAAGAUUUUGAGGAGAUAAAUCUCAAACAUUCAUCCUUAACAGAAGAGAACAAGUUGUUAAGUGAAGAGAAUCUCAAGUUGACUGAAGGUCGGAAAAGUCAACUAAAUGAGAUCACUCAACUUAAAGCUGAAAAUGAAUCUCUCUCUGAAAAGGUGAAAUCCAUCAACAAGGAGCUAGGGAUACUUAAGUCCAAAGAAGCAGUGGACAAGCUUCUUGAAACGACCAAACAUAAGGGUCGUGAAGGACUUGGGUUUGACCCUUCCAGUUCCAAAAGAAAAGGGAGAACAACUUUCAUCCCUCCUAAACCUACUGCUAAACAAAAUAAGCAGAAAGGAAAGGAAAAGGAGAAACCAACAGAAGUUCCCAAAAAGGAAGCCGCUAAGUACCCAGGUGUCUGGUACUUAGACAGUGGCUGUUCAAGACACAUGACGGGUGAUGCGAGCCUUUUGAGCAAUCUAAUUCCCUAUGAUGGUCCAAGAGUUACUUUAGGAGGAAGCAAUGAUUUUGGCCUUACUAAAGGGCUAGGAAAUCUGGUGUACAAGGGACUAACCAUCCAAGCUGUAUCUUAUGUUGAAGGUCUCUAUUACAACCUUCUUAGCAUAAGUCAGUUCUGUGAUAAAGGUUACUCCUUGGAAUUCUGCAAGGACAUGGCAUCCCUCAAGAACAUCUCCACAAAUGAAGUCAUUCUCACUGGGAAGAGAAUCAUGAACAUCUAUGAAGUAAUGUGGGACGAUGUCAAGGAAGCAUGCCUAAUCAGCAAAGGUGACACUAACCUUCUAUGGCUUUGGCAUAAGAGGUUGAGUCAUCUCAAUUUCAAAACCCUCAACAAGCUAUCCAAAGAAGGGUUAGUAGAAGAGAUGAUAGCCGCUCAAGAACUCUCCGAAUUUCUUCAAAUGGAGAUUCGCCUCAAAUAUGAAGCUGAAGUUCUGGAAUUCUACAAAAAUGGAGAGGUCAAGACUGCUCAUCCAAAGAAGGACCCACAGAGGACGCUUGAAGUCAUCAAAUCCACUGUUGGAGGAAGAAAAGUGAAGCUUUCACAGAAGAAAUUGGGAGAAAAGCUUCGCCUUCCCAAUUCUGGAGUUGAAAUUGGGAAAUUUCCAGUCAAAAAUCUGGACUGGAACGUUAUUGGAAUUUCUGAGCAAGCUCCAUCUGGCCCAGUGAAGAAAGCAGAUCUAAACAAUGACUACAAGUUAAUUUUGGAACUGGUCAUUGUUUGUCUCGAGUGUGGAAGCGGAGGUCAUGCCGAUGACAUCACGCAGGAGAGAGCCUUCAUCAGCUACGCUCUCAUUACCAAAUCUAAGGAAAGAAGUAUGAAGAAAGAUAUUGGUUAUACUAUGUCUUCAAAAGGGGAAAACAGAGCUGGUGCUAGUGUCACUGCAGAGGAAAGCUCAUCAGAUAAUGUCCCACUCAUCCAUAUGGCGAAGACUGCCAAAAGGAAGCAGGUGGUGUCUCCCUCCAUUAGUAUUGAAGCACCACAGAACCUUGCUCUGGUCAAUUUGGAAGAAGCAGAAGAAGUCUCUAUGCAAGGAGAACUUCAAAGGAAGAAGAAGAGAAAACUCUCCUCUCCCUCAACAUCUGGAUAUGUCAACUCGGAUAAGUUGAAGGAGAAGGAACCUGCUGAGGAAACCUCUGCCCACAACCGAAGUCCUCAACAACUUGAAGAAGAAAUCCCUCAAGUCCAAAGCCUUCCAACCCCCUCACCUCAACCUCAAAUGGAUGAUGCUGAUAACCAAUUCUGGCAGCUCUACUAUGAUUGGAGAGCAUGGAAAGUUGGAAAUUCAGCAGAGCAACUGAUGGAUUGGGACCAACAGCUGAAGAAUGAGAAGACCAUCAAGAAAUGCUUAGGAAUACCAGUCAACCAUAGCUGUGAAGAAAUCCUGGACGACUACUGGGUAUGGCAAAGGAACCAUGAAGAUCUGCAUCUGGAAUACCUAACCAACUCACCAAAUUCAGAAUUUGAAGUAGAUGAUGAAGAUCCUUCAGUCUACAAACCAGUCUUCUCUAAAGCCACGGAAGAGCAGGUGGUUCUCACUUCUGAAGCACAAGCUGACUUGGUAGCAACAGCUGAGGAUUUCCAAAUAUUUCCGGAAACCUCACCUGCCUUUGAAACGGUUCUGACUGAAGCUGUCCAAGAAAAAGCAGCCUCUCCCCCACAAGAACAGAACCAGAAAACAGCAGAAGAAGAAGAAUUUCAGCAACUAAUCCAAUCUCAAGUUUUAGAGACUCUCACAACUCCUUGUGAGAUCUCCAAUCCUACUGAAACUGAGAUCCCGGAGAAGUCAGAAGAAAUUCCGGAGCAAUCAACUUUUCCAGAAACAAAUGAAGAAGAGCAAGCUGUAGAAAUCCAAAGGAAUUCUGGAGAAGCUGAGAAAGAAACUCAAAUGGCAGAACUGGAAGUCUCUAAAACUCCAAUAGCCAUUUUUGAAGAACAAAAUGAAGCUGAAGAUAGUGACUCCCUCUCUAGAUAUAUAUCGAAUUUUGCUCUUGAUGAAGCAGAAGGAGAAUCUGAGAGAACACUAAAGAUCACUGAUGAAGAAGAUGUACAAAAAGAUGCUGAAUCUCUGCCUAUGCAACUGUUUCAAAGAACACCCUCUUCUCAUCAGGUAACCAACUUUCAUUUUCAUAGCUCUUCCACCCCUACACUUUCGGAUGAGAUACCGGAAAUCUGGACAAAGAAGGUCCAAGGGUUGAUUGAAUCAGCCCUAGCAUCUCAACAUGCCUCCUUUAGGCAAGAGAUAGAGCAAAUGGAAGCCAGGUACACCAAGCUGAUAGAGAAAUCUGAAGAGAAACACAGCGCAGAUCUCAAAGAUAUAAGCAAGUCACUGCACAAGACUCUAGAGAUCAUCUCUCUAUUGAGCAAAACUGUGAGCAACACGAUGGAGAUAUAUGCUUCUGACAGUCAUCUUCAACUCAAGGAGAUUAACAAAGUCAAAGAGCAAAUAGCAAAUGUCACUGUCAGUCUACAAAAGCAAAUGUCUCUUCUUCAAAUGGACAUCAGAUCAGCUCUAGCAGUAUCUUCAGCAAAUCAAGUAGUGACCAAAGACUACUUGAAGGUGAUCAUUGACAAUCAGAAGGAAGCACAUAAACUGUUCAGACUUCUUGGCGCAAAGUCUGGAAAUCGCAAGAUGGAAGUGAUUCUUCAACAACACAGUCCAUCCUUGAUACCAGAACUCCCCAUUGCAGUCAAAGAAGGAGAAGUCUCUUAUAUCCUUUCUCAUCUGAACAUGACUAAUCUAAUCCUUGAAGCACAACAAAGAAAUCCGGAGAACUCAGCGCAGCACCUAUCCAGCUCAGGAUUGGAUGGAACAGAGGCUAUAGGAACUAUUGCUGCUCACUUCUCAGAUGAUAACAAAACAGAGGAGAGACGCAACAAUAUAAGGCGCAUCAAAGAACUUUGUGGCAACAUGCAAGGUAUCAGUAAGGCUGCCGGAUCUUCAAAACGCAAAAGGAACUGAAGGUUCUUUUCAUCAAACCAGGGGGAAAGGGGAAUGUAAUUCAGGGGGAACUUAACUAGUUUUGGCUAAUAACUGUUUUUGGUUAUG